AUCAAAGGGGGCCCCACACCUAGCCCACAAAAAAAACCCUCCACACCCCUCUUCUCCGGUUCAGGCUCUCUCCUCCUCCCCUCUCCCCUCGCUCGCCAAUCCCCUUAUCCCCCGAUGCCGCCAUUGCCGCGCCCAUAGCAGAGCCCACCUAGCCGUCGACCGGCCGGGCAGCCCCCCUCCCCAACGGAACCAGUUCGAGCUCGCCCGCUCGCUCGCUCGUCUCGCGGCGCCGGCGUCGGAUGGACGCCGUCUCCUGCUGUCGCGUCUUCUCGACGCAGAGAUGCCGCUUCCCGCUGCGCAGGCUGGGGGCGGCGCCGGUGGCGGCGCGGCGGCCGUUCUCCACCGAGCUGAGCGACCUCUUCGCCCCGUCGUCGUCGGCCUCGAAGCGCCGGUCCCGGGGCCCCGUCAUGGCCGCGAAGAAGGCCGCGGAGGGUGCGAAACAAGAAGAUGGGAAAUACAAGCACACGGUGGAUCUCCCAAAGACGAGUUUUGGCUUGAGAGCAAACUCUGUUAUGCGCGAACCGGAGCUCCAGAAGUUGUGGGAGGAGAACCAGGUGCUGAAGAGGGUGUCCGAAAGGAAUACUGGGGCCACAUUUACUCUUCAUGAUGGCCCGCCUUAUGCUAAUGGUGAUCUUCACAUGGGUCAUGCGCUGAAUAAAGUUCUCAAAGAUAUUAUAAAUCGCUACAAGCUGCUUCAGAAUCACAAGGUUUCCUUUAUUCCUGGGUGGGAUUGCCAUGGCCUUCCGAUAGAAUUAAAAGUUCUGAAGUCAAUGGACAAAGCAACAUUGAAUGCUCUAACACCUAUAAGAUUAAGGCAAAAGGCUGCAAAAUUUGCUAAAGUGACCGUUAAUGCACAAAUGAAUUCUUUCAAGCGGAUCGGUAUAUGGGCAGAUUGGGACAGCCCUUACCUAACUCUUUCGCCAGAAUAUGAAGCUGCUCAGUUGGAAGUGUUUGGUCAAAUGGUUAUGAGAGGAUAUAUCUAUAGAGGACGAAAGCCUGUCCAUUGGAGUCCAUCCUCACGUACUGCUUUAGCAGAAGCUGAGUUAGAGUAUUCAGAAAAUCACGUUUCCAAAAGCAUAUAUGCGGCAUUCAAGAUUACCAGCCCGUCUAGCUCUGGGUUGCUAGAUGAAUUUCUCCCUAAUGUUUGCUUAGCCAUAUGGACCACUACUCCAUGGACAAUUCCUGCUAAUGCUGCCGUUGCUGUGAACCCUGAGCUUAGUUAUGCAGUAGUUGAGCUCCAGUCUGUACUGGAAAGUGAGUCAACAUCUGGAGGAAAGCAACAAAAACUUGGGAGUAUUUUGAGCUCUGGGAUCGAGAAACCAUUUAUCAUCGUGGCUUCUGAUCUUGUCUCAGUUCUAGAGUCCAAAUGGGGUGUGAAGCUUGUAAUCCGGAAAUCAUUUCCUGGUUCAGUCUUGGAGCACUGUAGAUACCUCCAUCCUGUGAAUGGCAAUGAAUGUUCUGUUGUUAUUGGAGGAGAUUACAUAACAACUGAAUCUGGAACUGGCCUUGUUCACACUGCCCCUGGCCAUGGCCAGGAAGACUACCUGACAGGUUUGAAAUAUGGUCUUCCUAUUGUUUCUCCCGUGGAUGAUGAAGGGAACUUCACUGCCGAAGCUGGACAAUUUAGUGGCUUAUCUGUCCUGGGAGCUGGUAAUGCUGCAGUUGUGAAGUAUCUGGACGAACAUGUUUCACUCAUCUUAGAAGAGCCUUACAAACACAAGUACCCCUAUGAUUGGAGAUCGAAAGAACCAACCAUAUUCCGAGCAACUGAGCAGUGGUUUGCCUCUGUGGAUGGUUUUCGGGAUGCUGCACUGGAUGCAAUCAAGAGAGUAACCUGGGUUCCUUCUCAGGGUGAAAACAGGAUUGUUAACAUGAUCUCUGGCCGUUCUGACUGGUGUAUUUCCCGGCAGAGAACAUGGGGAGUUCCCAUUCCUGUUUUUUAUCAUGUAGACACACAAGAACCUCUUAUAACUGAAGAAACGAUUGAACAUAUCAAGGCUAUAGUGUCAGAGAAAGGCAGUGAUGCCUGGUGGUAUAUGAAAACCGAGGAACUUCUUCCAGAUAAAUAUCGCGACAAAGCAUCUGAGUAUCGUAAGGGCACUGAUACAAUGGAUGUUUGGUUUGACUCUGGCUCCUCAUGGGCUGCUGUUUCAGCAAAACGGGAUGGCCUUAAUUUCCCUGCAGAUGUAUACCUUGAAGGUUCAGACCAACAUCGUGGAUGGUUUCAGAGUUCGCUGUUAACCAGCAUCGCUACUACAGGAAAGGCUCCAUAUUCCAGUGUUAUUACCCACGGUUUUGUAUUGGACAAAGACGGUUUAAAAAUGAGCAAAUCUGUUGGUAAUGUCGUGGAUCCUGAGAAAGUGAUUCUUGGUGGGAAAGAUUCUAAGGUAUGUUCCUACAGAAACUUGUGUUACUUUCUAGUUUUGAGGAGUGAAAUAUCUCUCAACCUUGUGCAGAAAGAGCCUCCUUAUGGAGCAGAUGUUCUCCGUCUAUGGGUUUCUAGUGUUGAUUACACUGGAGAUGUGUUGAUUGGUUCGGAAAUCUUGCGCCAGAUGUCUGACAUGUAUAGAAAACUACGAGGCACAAUGCGUUUUCUAUUAGCAAAUCUCCAUGAUUGGAACCCAGAGAAUUCUGUGCCCUACAGUGAUCUGCCGAAAAUUGACCAGUACGCACUUUUCCAACUGGAAAAUGUUGUGGCUUCCAUGAAGGAUAGUUAUGAUAAUUACCAAUUCUAUAAAAUAUAUCAGACCCUUCAGAGAUUCGCCAUCGUUGGUUUGUCCAAUUUCUAUUUUGAUGUUGCAAAAGACCGACUUUAUGUUGGUGGCCGAGUUAGCUACACGAGGAAAAGCUGCCAGACAGUCCUUGCUGCACAUCUACUCUACCUUGUUAGGGCCAUUGCUCCGAUUAUGCCACACUUAGCAGAGGAUAUCUGGCAGAACUUGCCCUUUGAACACACCUUGGAAGAUGGAUCUGUUGCCAAGUUUGCUUUUGAUCUAAAAUGGCCAGAUAAGAAUGAAGAAUGGUGCUCGGUUCAAAAGGAUGAUGUUGAUUUUCUGAGUGUUAUCCUGGAGUUGAGAUCAGAGGUGAACAAGAUUUUGGAGAAUGCUAGAACAGGAAAGCUGAUCGGCGCUAGUUUGGACGCAAAGGUUUAUCUCCAUGCUGAAAAUCCUGAUACGGUAUCCAAACUGAAGGAGCUGGCUUCUGCAACCAAUGAUGCAGAUGCCCUUCAUCGCCUAUUUAUCACGUCUCAGGUGGAGAUUCUCCCAUCCCUGAGUGAGGAAACCACAUCAGGCGUGUCCUACGCAGGAAAGUUCAGCGACCCACGCACGGGAGAGAUCUGGAUCGGUGUGACUCGUGCGGAUGGCAUGAAAUGCGAGCGCUGUUGGGUUUAUACCAAGGACGUUGGGUCGUUCGGUGACCAUCCUACGCUAUGCUCGCGGUGCCACGGCGUCAUUGAUCUGCAACCGCAAGCAUCUCCUGCCGCCGCCGCUGUCGCUUGAAGAGUGAUGACCUGGAUCUAACCUCCAAUUCAUUGUGAAGAUUGUAGGUGGAAUUCAUCGACUUUUUGUUCCACGAAGAUUUGAACACUGAACAAAAUAGAAGAGAAGAUUUUGAGGGGCUUCUGAAACCGGUUUUGAACCCCAUUUUCUUUGUAUGUAGUACAACUACACACAAGCUUGACCAAUUUUUAGUAAUUGGAGUUUUUGACCUUCCUGUACCUGUAUUGCAGAACUCUUCCCACUAUACAGUAGAUGAAACUAUUUUGCGCCUAAA